AUGGCAUCUCCCCUUCUGAUCGCUCUGCUCUCCUUCUCUAACAUCGCAGUUCUGCUUCCCGCGACCACAGGCCAGGUCAACUAUUCACUCGGCUUCCAGAUUGGAUCGGCCGAAGCUCUCGGGUGGCCGCUCGAAGCCUUGCCGCCAUACAACGAGCUCAUCGGACGCGAGGCGGUUGCCCGGAGGAUCCUGCUGCAGUGCGGCAGCUACAUAUCGUACGGAGCUCUGUCCGCAAACAGGAUCCCUUGCCCGCCACGCUCGGGGCGGUCGUACUACACCCACAACUGCGACAGGGCACAGGGGCCAGUCCAUCCGUACAGCCGGAGCUGCUCCAGGAUCGCGAAGUGCCGGAGAUAA